AUGACUGGAAGUAAGGGCCCUCGGGCCAAAGAUGACAAAACAAAAAAAAGAAAGAGGGACGUAAAUGAAAGCGAGACGACGUCGAAGAGACAUAGACAGCAGAAACGAGAAAGCAUAGCUAAUGGCAACAACGCGCCAACGCCUCAAAAGUUGAAGCAGCGAGAAUUAAACCAUGAAGAUCUGGCAGGGGAACUGAGGUCUUUUCGUCCUCAACAAGUCAUCCGGCAGUCUGACGACGGAGAGGCUGGCUGGCGAGUUUCAAAGCCGAUGGGCGGCCGAAUGCUUGACAUUGAUCCCAUUCUUACGAAAGACGAACAAUACCUCAUCAUUACGUACAACACCUCAAUCCAAAUAUAUAACGCCAACGAUUCGCUGCUCAUUCGACGUAUUCCAAUUAGCACUCUCGAUACAUCAGCUUCGAAGGGUUCAACUCCUGCUCACAUUGUUGGAACUCGUUUGUCAAAAAGCAACCCUCAGUUAGUGUGGGUGGCGUGCUCUGAUGGACACAUUUAUUGUGUUGAUUGGUCUCAAGGAGACACCCCGUCCCCUGCGUUUCAAACGUCUUCCAAAACUGCGAAUGCUUUGGCGGUUGUGCCAGUUGCUUUUGCCGAAGACAAAGAGAUCCUCUUGGUUGCGGAGUCAGAAAAAUCGAACCGUAUGGAAGUCAUUGCAUACCAACUAGUCAACGGUGGCAAGCACAAGUCAAAUAGCAUUUUGUCUCUCCAGAAGCCCGGAUAUGGCCUUCAAAUUCUCGAGACCAGUGAAUGCGGUCAGGUUAUCGUGGGAGCAUUUCAGGAUCGCUUAUUCCUAGGCACUACAUCUGCAACCGCUGAGAGUCUUGACCAAUUGCAGUACGAAAUCUUCUCCUUCGACUCCCCUGACCUCAUCACAUCCAUCGACAUGAGACUACAUGCACGGUUUUCGGGGAGCACAAAAGGCCACAUGGGGGCGGACACGGCUGUCGAUGUCAUUAUUGGAGGCGCUAGAGGAGGCAUUUAUGUUUACCCUGAUGCUUUGUCCCAUGUCAGGGCUGUUGGAAAAGCCCAGUUUGUGAAAGAUGGGAUUCAAGUACAGAAGUAUCACUGGCACCGUAAAGCUGUGCAUGCAGUCAAGUGGUCAACAGACGGGAACUAUUUCAUAUCUGGUGGUUCCGAGAAUGUUCUCGUUGUUUGGCAGGUUGACACGUCUAGAAAGGACUUCCUUCCGCAUCUGUCUGGGAGCAUUGAGAACAUUGUGGUCUCACAAACUGGUUCUUCCUACGUUCUCCAUCUAGAUGACAACUCAGCAAUGAUUUUGUCUACUGCUGAAAUGAAACCCACUGCUUACAUUGCCGGAAUUCAAUCAGCAGCAAUCGACGUGUCGGAACCGAAGGAUUUACUUGUCCGACGCGUGUGGAACAUAUCGGAGCACGUACGACAACCGAUUCCGGCUGCUAUUAGACCCUCGGAUCCCUCGAAACUCUACGUUUGUGUCAGCAAUGGCCGCCAGGAGACUUUGUCAGGAAAUCUCUCUAUGCCGUUGUUGCAGUCUUUUGAUUUGGAAUCAUUUACUAGCGUCUCGAAGCAAGCGCUGGCGCGAACACAACCCACGGAUGUUAACCUCAGCAGCAAAGGACACCCAAUUGACGAACCUUUUGUCACAAACAUCAACUUUUCUGGAGAUGGAAAGUGGCUCGCUAGCGUUGAUGAAUGGAAACCUGCACCCAGAGAUGUUGAAAACGUCUCCCCAGACCAGAGAGAUCAGUUUAUACGCGAGAGGCACGAGGUUUACCUCAAAUUUUGGGAAGUUAGAGAUGGCGCUGAGUCAUUAGAAUUGGUGUCAAGAAUUAACGCGCCUCAUUCUACCACUUCCCCAGAAUCAGUUCUAGACUUGGCGUCUGAUCCUACAUCAAGCUGCUUUGCAACCAUUGGGUCUGAUGGAAUUGUACGACUAUGGAGACCGAGGUCUCGCCGGCAAAACGGGGUUGCGGUUAAGGACGCGAAUGGCCGGGAUGCUGUGUCUUGGGGCUGCACCCAGGUCAUCGCUGUUGGGGACGGCACUGGAAUCGAAAAUGGCACGGAUCUUAUCAACCCAACACGCCAUAUUGAGGUUCAGGGCAGAGUUGUCUUUUCAGAAGAUGGCUCUACAUUGUUUGCCGCUUUCGGGGCCGUUGAUCCCGGGGUUGUAUACGUUAUUGACGUGGCCUCUGGGCAAAUCGUCAAGACUCUUGAGGGGCUGUGGGAUGGCAAGCUUCAAUCUAUCCAGACCCUGGCUUCUUUCAUUAUCGUCUUGUCUAGCGACCUGAGAGUGUAUGAUGUGGUUGGCGACGAGCUAGAAUAUGGCAUCGUCGUCCCCAGACUUUACGGAGUUACCGAGCUGCAUCAACUUGCCGUUGACCAUACUUCGGGCCACUUCGCUGUCACUCUCCCUAUCGGCGGUGUAUCGAGCAUUGGCGUUUUCGACCCGGAAGACCCAGAGCCUUUACUGGUUAGGAGCACGCCGCAUAGGAUUGUGAGCCUUGUGUCAGCACCGGGGGCAAGUGGUUUCAUUGCCCUCGAUGACGCAGCCCAGGUCUGGGUAAUUGCUGAAGGCUCUGACCCGUCGUCUGUUGCAACUCUUCAGCCGCUACAUGAUCUCCAACUAGAUGGCCCGUCCGGGGCCGUCGAUACAGACACAAGUACUGCAGAGGUACUGGCAACAGAUGAAAUGGAUGUUGCCAGCGAAGACGAUAUGGACGAUGCAAGGGAAGUGGAUGAGGAUGUUGACAUGGAUGACGACGAUGACGACGAUGCUUACGGCAGUGUGAUACCUCAGCAGUUCUUGACGGAAAUCUUCGAUGCAGCACCCGCAUUUGCCGCCCCGUCUAUCGAGGACAUGUUCUACAAGGUGACGGGACUUUUGGCCACAAAGCCUCUUGCCGAGCAAUAA